AUGUACCCUUUUGCUAGGGAACUCGCUAUUGAGUCCUGGAUCUUAUAUGCAGUCGGGAUUGUAAUUAUCGGAUGUCGGCUAGUUUCUCGACGCAUACGGUUAAAGUCAUGGAGCAAACUACAAAUCGAUGAUGCGCUUAUGUGUGCAAUUGCGCUCACCUUCACUGGGGUCACUGUUACAGCGAAUAUCACGGCUCGGGUUAGCAGUGAUCCCAUUGUUCAUGAAGAGCAGCCUACACCACAUGCCGAAGCGCUCAUGGUUUGGGGGAACAAAGCGAUCUUCAUGCUGGAACAGUUCGCUCUGGUUACAAUAUGGCUAGUCAAGGGCUGCCUUCUCAUCAUCUACAACCGUCUAACGCUUAUGAUGAAGGAGCAUUUAGCUGUGAAAAUCGUUGCGGUCUAUGUAGUGAUCUCUUUUAUUGUCAUCGAGGUCCUCUUCUUAGGAGUCUGGUGCAGGCCGAUCACUCAUUACUGGGAUCUUGAAGCUAAUGACUUCCAGUGUGGGACCUACUUGAAUCAUCUGAUCACGACAACCGUUUUCAAUAUCUCCUCAGAUGUGAUGAUGUUGUGUAUCCCAUUGCCGCUCUUCAUCCGAUCACACUUACCUUUCAAGCAAAAGGUUGCCGUGUGUGCUGUGUUCAGUCUCGGUGGGAUCGUUGUCUGUGAAUCUAAUACGCCCCUACUGAGGUAG